UAAGAAUAAAAGAGCCUUCUUUUGACUAACUGUAUGGACUCGUUUCCGCAUGCAGUGCUUGAAAUUGAGCUUGCUUAACAAUGCAUAUUGAGAAAAAAAAUAUGUUAUUGUCAUUGAUUCGAAGAGUCAUUCGUAGGGAUUGGAUGUGGUUCAUCAGCCUUCGUUCCGUGGCUCGGAAAUUCUUCUCUGAUCGUUUUCGACCUCCUACUGCCUUGCAAUUCCCAUCCUCCGACCAUGGCAGCAGCCCGAUCUGCUGCGGCUGCGCCCUAUCCGGCACCUGCUUCACAUCCACCCGCUGGCCAGCCAAAGAGAAAUUUUUUGCCUCGCGUCGCAGGACUCAGCCGCCGAGGUCAGACGCCACUGGCUCGGCCAGUACCCAACAAGAAGGCAUUACCUCAUCCUCAAGAAUCGCCGGGUGCGGCGGUGCUGGGCAGCGCCAAUCCCAGCACCAGUAGCAAUGGGGAGACCGGCGAACUGGUCGCUCAGAUCGGUCAGGCACAUGGCCAGCGCAGGGGGGAGGUGCACCACUCCAGCUUCGUGCACCUGUCGGCGACGGAUGCCAAUGCCGAGGUGCCCCGACGGAGCGACGAUUCCUAUCCACACAGAAGCACGAACAGUCGUGCCACCCAUAUCACUGACCUGACCUACGAUGUUCUCAUCAAUCAGAAUGAAAAUCAGAUGUCCGCUGCCGCGAGCUGGAGCGAACUAUCCUGGGACCAAGGGGACGUGGAGGCGUUAAACGAUAGCUACCAGCUGCUGAGCGAGACGGACGUUGGCAUUGAGACGGCCAGGCCCAGCCGAAAAGAGGCCACGACAAAGCAGCUGGGGCCCUCGAAGUCCUCCGCUGCUAAAAAGGAGCCCAAGAAGAGAACGGCACCGAUAAAUAGACAUCUGAAAAGGGAGAUAGAGACACUGAGAAUGAAGAACGAACGGUUGCAGGCCAAUAUACAGGCCGUUAUCAAUCAGGGGGAUCGCACUGAAGGAGGAGGCCCGCCAACGGCACCACCACCCAAAUCACACCAAAAAUCAGCUAAGCCAACAAUCAAGACCAACGCGAACGCCACCACCGCAACCGCAACCACAAUCAACGAUGAGAUGAUGGUGGACUCCAGAGAUAACUGGAGUAGCUGCACCACGUCAUGCGACAGCUUCACAUCCAUCAGUCCCUCUAUGCAGCCCUGCUACUGUGCCAACUGCAGGCCCAAGCGUGAGCAGAACCGGCAGACAGGUCGGAUUCCGGCACGUUGAGCACGUGGCGAGCGUAAAGCCUCGCAUCAGCGCAUGUUAAAUUUCGAAUUUUGAAUUUUUUGACGAGUGUGAGUUUUUUUCGAGGUGUUCUCGCAGCCUGGAUGGAGACCGGCGAACUGGUCGCUCAGAUCGGUCAGGCACAUGGCCAGCGCAGGGGGGAGGUGCACAACUCCAGCUUCGUGUACCUGACGGCGACGGAUGCCAAUGCCGAGGUGCCCCGACGGAGCGACGAUUCCUAUCCACACAGAAGCACGAACAGUCGUGCCACCCAUAUCACUGACCUGACCUACGAUGUUCUCAUCAAUCAGAGCUCUCACGGGCUUAGUCAGAGGAAGGCGUGUGUGAAUGGAUUGUUGGUGUGUGUGUGUGUGCGUGUUAGGAGGGCUUGUAUAACAGUUAUAAGGCCACAGAAACGAAACACACUAUCGCAUGCACUCUCUUUUUCUCUAUACAUACAUACUUGUACAGACAUACAUACGUACAUGGUUUAAAAUUUCCGCUGAUUUGCAAAUCUCGGCUGAUUUGCAAAACUAUAUCAGUGUUGUAUUAUUAUAUAUAUAUCAGUGUUGUGUAGUAUGCAUAUAUAUAGCCAAUACCC